AUCAACAAAAGCUAUAAAAAGGGCGUCGUUGGGUCCUUAGUGGCUAGGCAUUUCGCAAACCAUGGACGCCAAUGGAACUAAUCCCACCGGUGGUGCAGCCGGAAACUUGAAGAACGCGGUUAUAGCGUUUCUGGUUCCUCUUCCCUCCAUUCUAUUCUACCUCUCCUUCCUCCGCCAUUUCCAUGAUCAUCCUAUUAUAACUGGUGAUGGAGAUUCUCUCUCCUCUCUGUGGACAUGGUGCUAUAGCCACCCUAUACUGUUAGCCAUCCUCCUUUUCUUCCUCAACGUUAAUGUCCUCUUCUGGGUCAUUGGUCUGAUCCAAUCUAGCCACUGGAUGAUCGAUGUUUAUUGGACUGUGAUACCGGUUUUGCUCGCCCAUUACUAUGCCACUCACCCUCUGGGGCAGUGUGACAUUUGGAGGUCGAGGAUUGUUAUCUUGUUGACCUGGGUUUGGGCUAUUAGGCUCAGCCACAACUACUUUCGCCGGGAAAGGUGGCAGUGGGGUGCCAGGGAAGACUGGAGAUUCACCGAUAUGCGCCACCAGUACGGCAAAAACUGGUGGUGGGUUUCUUUUUUCACCGUUUAUUUCCCUCAACAGGUCUUCCUCUUCGGAGUGUGCCUGCCUCUCUAUGUUGUUCACUCAGUGGACAAGCCAUGGAACAUCUGGGACAUUGUCGCCAUGUUCAUCUGCGUGCCUGGCAUUGUUAUUGCCUAUUUUGCCGACACACAGCUAUACAAUUUUGUGAACAGAAACAGCCACUUAAAAGAGCUUGGAAAGCCAUUGGUGCCCAAUCUUGAGCAGGGCCUGUGGCAGUGCUCCCGGCACCCAAACUACUUUGGGGAGCAACUAUGGUGGUGGGGGUUGGCCAUAUUUGGAUGGAACCUGGGUUGUGGCUGGAUCUUUCUUGGGCCUCUGGUCAAUAGCAUGUGCUUGGCAUAUGUCACCCUGCUUGUGGAGCAGAGGAUGCUGCAACAAGAUUACAGGGCUGAAGCAUACAAACUUUACCAGAAGACAACAUCAGUGUGGAUUCCAUGGUUUAGGUCAUCCCCAAAUGUAAGAAAAGAUAAGAACACUUGAUUCAGUAUUUCUCCUGCAUUAUUUAUUUGCCUUUUUCUAUUCUGGAAGCUCCAGCAUGGGUUGAUGUUUUCUGUUGUUGUUUUGGAAGGAGGACCAAUGUCAUUUGAGUGUAGCAAAUCUUCCAUAUGUGUAAUUGUAUAAAGUGUUUCUUCAUAUACUGAACUGGUUCCCUUCGUAUCUGAAUUUGCCAAAUGUUCUGACUUUUGAGUAGAUGGAAUAGAAACUUACUGGUUGGCCAAACCAUGUUUGUAUGGGGAGUAAUUUUGUACAAAACAUGUUAACAUGAACGUAUAAAAGAU